AUGCUCCUCACCACCCUGACAUCGCUCCUCCUCCUCUCCUUCGCCUCAGCCGACGACACCACCCAAUACACAUCUGACGACCAAUUCGAAUCCACCAUCCUCAACAUCACAAACUCCUACCGCCAACAACACAACGCCACCUCCCUCUCCUGGAACUCCACCCUCGCCUCCUUCGCCUCCGACCACUCCUCAGACUGCAAAUUCGCCCACUCCGGCGGCCCCUACGGCGAAAACCUCGCCUCCGGCUACCCCAACGUGACCUCGAGCAUCAAAGCCUGGGGCCACGAGCGCACGCAGUACGACUUCCAGAAAGGCGAUUUCGACACCGCGACGGGGCAUUUUUCGCAGCUGGUUUGGAAGGGCACGGAGCAGGUGGGCUGUGGCAGGACAAAUUGUACUGGCAAGGGAGAUGCGCCUGGGUGGUUCUUGGUGUGCGAGUAUUAUCCCGGGGGGAAUGUGUUGGGGCAGUUUAAGGAGAAUGUGCAAAGUCAGAUAAUGGGGGCUGUGGGGGAUGUGCCGGACGAUAGGGGGGCGGCGGGAGGAUUGGGAGUUACGAGAGGGUGGGUGGUUUUGGUGGGAGUGGUGAGUUUGUUGGUGGUGUAG